CUCUGCAUAGCAGAGCCUUACAAAGCAGUGUGCUUACAGUGAAACAGACACACAGCCCCCAUAGUAAAACAGCACACAGUUAACCCUUUGAUUGCCCCACAUGUUAACCCCUUCCUGCCCAGUGCCAUUAUGCUUUUUUUUUUUAGCACUGAUCACUGUAUUGGUAUCACUGGGGAUGUCAGUAACACCAAGUCAGUUCCCCCCAGUGUCAGAAUGCCCACCGCAGUCCCGCUAUAAGUCGCUGAUCUCUGCCAUUACUAGUAAAAAU